AUGUCUCAAGGUAGCCCGGCAUUCCCCGCACUGCCAUCUUGGACGGAAGACUCUCGGCUCCUGGAUCUCGAACUCAUGCAUCAAUAUACAGCAUCUACCUUCAAGAGUAUAUCUGUUCCUACAGUCAAUGGGGACGUAUGGCAAGUCUUUGUACCGAGGCAAGCAUUGAAGUAUGAAUUUUUAAUGCAUGCCAUACUUGGGCUUGCAGCAUUACAAGUCUCGGUAGAAGACGCCGACCAGCGAGAAAAGUAUAAAUGUGCAUAUUUGAACCAUCAGAGCCAAGGAUUCGCAGCUUUUAGUGAGGCUUUAAGUAAGCUAGACGAGAACAAUUGCCACUCUCUGUUUGCGUUUGCUGUUAUAGCAAUGAUAUUCGCACUGGCCUCUCCACAACAUAUCACAACAUCCACAUCCUUGGACAAUGACAACACUGCAGACUGUCAACGCGUCUUUAUUCUCUGUGAUUUUUUGCAAGGCAUCACGACCGUCGCUGUGGCGGGAUGGCAAUGGAUCAAAGAUGGCCCUUUUGGGGUUUUCCUUGACCUUGAUAACAACAUCACGCUUCAUAGUCUUGACGCCGAGGACGAAGACAUGCUUAAGCGCCUUCACAAGUUCAACGAUACUCUGCUGGCAGUGGUUGACCCAUUAGCUCAUAUGACAAUUACCUCCUCAAUCCAUUUACUUGAGAAAUGUAUCCGUGGAGGUGAAAUGAUGGCAUUGGCGUGGGUUGCAAUGUGUGGAAAGCACUUCAUGACUCUCCUCGGUCAACAUCAACGUCUUGCUCAGCUUGUGUUCAUGCACUGGACCAUUCUGCUCAAUCGAUUGGAUAGACUUUGGUGGGUCAAGGGGGCUGCAGAAUUGUGGUUUAAUGAAAUCUCAUCUGAGCUUGUGGUCUUAGGGCCAGAAUGGUUGGAGGUGGUGGAAGACAUCAGAUCAAAACACCGACUUCAACGGAAACCUUGA